UCUUCAUAUUACCAGCAGGGGGGGAAAUUUACUCUAAAGUCAGCUCUGGUUAGGUGAGACGAAAGUGAUGUCGAACAUAUUAUCCUUUGCGUAAUUCUUCUAAAAACGUGAAGAUAUAAGAUGUGAACAUUAUUGUUAGUAUCAGUUUUUUAAAAAAGUUCAACGUUUUUUGUCUUUCGUGGUUUUUAAAAUCAACUUCCGGGUCAGUAGAUGGCGGUAAAUAACGUAGAUAUAUGGUGAAGAAGGUCAUAAAAUGGAGGUGGACCUGGAGAAUUUCCUUAUCGCCAGAGCCGUGGCACAGGACAAGAUAAACCACAUGAAGACAGAUAAGGUGGGUAGGAACUGCUCUUAAGUUGCUUGCUGUGUCACCCAACCUGGGCAAACAGUAGCCUAUGUGUAGUUAAGUGUCAUAUAAUUCCAGUGAGUGAACCGCUAACUGAUAGCAGGCUAACUAGCUCAAGUGGUUAGCGCUCGUGUCUUUCGAUCCUGAUGUUAGAGCAUGGAAGUAAAGUUAGAAUUGUAUUUGUAAUGCUUUCUGUAAUCUUGCAAUUGAAUCGUCGUAUGACGAUUUUAAUUGAAGCGUCGUAUGAAUACGGGGACGGACAAAAAUGUCAGUUUCGAAAUCAUGUCGUGUCGGUAUCAAGACUAGCAGUUAACAUUUAACUGGUCGGUGGGUGAAGAUUUGGAGUUCGUGCUACUGCUACUAAAGAUCUGUUGUAAUAUGGUGGUCCUGGAAUUACCUGACUGUUAAGUGAAAUACAGUUCACUCAAAUUAACUAGGCUAUUGGUUUAUGGUUCAUGUUUGUUGGUUUCUGCACUGCAUGUGCGUUUCUUUAACUGCUUUUCUCCAACGUUUUUGCUUGCAGAUUGACAAGGCUGUGCUUACACUGAUGACUGAUAAGCAGCUUGCACGAUAUAUACCAACCUAUGGCGAUCGACUAGCUGUUGUCUCUUUUUGUCAUCAGCAGCGCCAUACACCUAACAGAGUGACCCUUUUGGAGAGGAUAAGGGAGAAGAUAGGGGACAGGAAGAUGUUGAAAACGGAUUGUCACAUGCCAUCAGAAUCGCAUGGAUUGUCUAGAAAGUGCAACAAAAGUGCAGAAAAGGUGGUACGGAAGAUUGAAAUUGGGUGGCUUCACUAUUCAAAACCUCACUACACCCAGGUGAGAACGAGGCAUGGUGGUGGGACUAGACACACAACGGUUCCUAAAGAAACUACCGUGGAGCAGGUUCUAGAAACCGGAAAACAGCUGUUUUUCCCAAAUGGAUCGUCGACCAAGGGGCCACAACAUACUUUUGAUUUUGAGGUGCGUGACUUCAAAAGGAAUUGCAUUCCGUUGGAAGAGACCGUGGGCAAGUUGUACGAGUCAACAAAGUUGAAGCUUCUCCGUUUUUACAUCUGCUCAAAGGACAAAUUCUCUGUGGAGGACGAAAGUGACUCAUCGACUGAAGAUUUAGAAGAUCUAAGCACAGGGAAUCUGAAUGCCAUUGUUUCAGACCCUGCAACAUCUGACUCAUCCACCAACAUUCCCAGUGAUCGGCAAGAGGAGGCCGACUUCAUUAUUAAUGUUGAUGAGACCGCUUCAGAGCAGUCUUCUGAUUUGGACAUUACAGACAUAGAAGACACGAGCCCGAGGAGAGUCAAAGAUUCCAAUGCAGUCUCAGAGUCAGACACAGUAGAGUGGUGUUCGGAUUAUGAGGCUGCUUCAGAGGAUGAGGUGACAGUCCAAAUAAGAUGUUCAAAUGUUUUACAGGUAAUUAAUGUUAAUAGUACCUAAUGAGAAAGGGGCAAACUUCAGGGAAGCAUGUAACCAACAAUCUUAUAAAAUGUUGGGAGUGCUCAUUCUGAAUAGCUGUGAUUCUAAACUCCAGUUUGCGAUUUAAACUGCUAAUUAGCACGUUAGUAUAGAUGGUUCCUUUGAAUACCCUUUUUGACCACGAUGGCAUUAGAAUCACAGAAAGUCUAGGCCUGUAUGCAUUAGGCUUCACAUUUAGUAAGCAAUUGCAGGAUCACAUUCCCUCAUUUUUGAAGGAGUUUUUUUGUGAUCAUAUACAUCUCUGCACUCUUAACACCCACCUGAAUGAUAAAAAAAACAUUAACAUUUGAACAAAAUUUUGCUUUAAGUGCUUUACAUUUACAGAUAAUUUACCAGUCUCCCCAAGAGCAACUUAAGGUUAAGUGCCUUGCUCAAGGGCACAAUGGUGGCAGCUUCGAAACCACAAAUUCCAGGCUACUAGCAUGUUAGCCAGGUUCCUUAAUGACUAUGCUACCAGAGCCCCAGUGCUUGCGAAGAUAAAAAAGACCAUGAUAUUUAAGACCAUUUCCACUUUGUUCUGGACCAUUUCAAUUGUUCUGGGCUUUUCAUGGUCAACUCCUUUUGCAUGGUUUCACAUGACAUCACCAAGUGAGAUUGUGUUGGUUCUGCUGGGUUCUAUGUUUAGAAAGUUGUCAUUUCUAUUUUGGUGUGCCAGUGAAUUUUUGAUAAAUGUGAUGUCUCCAGUUUUUGUACCUCGAACAUACUGCUGUUCCUCAUGCAAUGACUCUUUUGUGUUCUGUCUUCGCCUUCCAGUCGAGAGAACUACAGCCGAAUGCUCCUGCCCAUGCAUCACCUGAUUCCUCUGUCCAAUCAAUAGCUGCCAUCUCAGGGCCCACAGAGGGUUUUCGUCGAGCUUCAAUUCAGGU